AUGUCUCUCCAGACCGGAUUCCAAAGCUCCAAGGGGAGCAGAAGGGGCUACAGUUCAUGUUCUGCUAUAGGUGGCUUUGGUGGAGGAGGAAGCAGAGGUAGCUACACUUCAGGCAGAGGAUUUGGUGGUGGUAUAAGAGGCCAGUAUGGCAGCAGGAGCCUCCAUAACUAUGGCGGAGGCACGAGGAUUUCUUAUGGAAGAGGCUAUGGACGAUGCAUCAGUGGAGGCUAUGGGGGAUAUGGCGGCGGCUAUGGAAUGGGUGGCCUUGGAGGUGGCUAUGGUGGUGAAGGAAUGGGUGGACUAGGUGGUGGUUUUGGACAUGGAGGAAUUAGUGUUGGCGGAGGUUAUGGACCUGGAGGAAUUGGUUUUGGCGGAGGUUAUGGACCUGGAGGAAUUGGUGUUGGCGGUGGUUUUGGACCUGGAGGAAUUGGUGUUGGUGGUGGUUUUGGACCUGGAGGAAUUGGUGGUGGCUUUGGAAGACCGGUUGGUGGUUCUGGUGGCAUUGGCAGUGUCCAAAUAGACCCAAAUCUUCUGCGCCCAGUCCGCGUAGAGAUUGACCCACAUAUCCAACAAGUGAAAAAUCAGGAGAAAGAGCAGAUCAAGUUCCUCAAUAACCAGUUUGCCUCCUUCAUUGACAAGGUCCGGUUUCUCGAGCAACAAAACAAGGUUCUGCAAACCAAAUGGCAAAUCUUGCAGCAACGCACUCAAGGACGAGGCCCAAGGCAGAAUCUGGAUGGCGAAUUUCAGCUUUUCAUAAAUGGCCUGAGAAACCAAAUCGAGCAAAUCCGCAGCCAAAAGGGGCAGCUUGUGUCAGAACUUCAGAACAUGCAGAGGCUUGUGGAAGAUUUCAAGAACAGGUAUGAAGACGAGAUCAAUAAGCGCACAACAGCAGAAAAUGAAUUUGUGGUGUUGAAAAAGGAUGUGGAUGGUGCCUACAUGACCAAGGUUGACUUGGAAGCUAAAGUUGGUGCUAUAGCUGAAGAGAUCACCUUCCUGAGACGUAUCUUUAACCUUGAGUUGUCUCAGGUUGAAACAGGUGGUCAAGACACCUCAGUGGUAGUGAACAUGGAUGACAAUACCCACUUCGACUUGGAAUCAAUUCUGGAUGAAGUGAGAAAUGAAUAUGAGACGAUUGCCCGCAGUAGCCGAGCUGAGGCUGAAGCUUGGUAUCAAAGCCAGUAUGAAGCUCUGCAGAACACAGCAGGGAGACACGGACAGAACCUGAACACGACCAGGCAAGAGAUACAAGAACUGACCAGGAACAUCCAGAGACUGCGCGGUGAAAUUGAGCAUGCCAAGAAGCAGUGUGCUCAGCUGCAGUCGGCUAUUGCUGAAGCGGAAGAGCGUGGGGAGAUGGCCCUCCGGGAUGCUAAGCAGAAAUUGGAAGAACUGGAAAAUGCCCUGAUGAAGGACAAGGAGGAGUUGGCUAACCUCCUCAAACAGUACCAAGACCUGUUGAAUGUCAAGGUUGCUCUGGACAUUGAGAUCGCCAUGUACAGGAAAAUGUUGGAAGGAGAAGAGUCCAGGUUAUCUGGCCUUGGAUCCCAAGUCCAUGUCUCUGUGAGAAGCAGUGGUGGUUAUGGUGGAAUCGGCGGCAUCGGCGGAGGCAUGGGUGGAGGAAUGGGUGGAAUCGGCGGUGGAAUCGGCGGUGGAGGCAUCGGCAUUGGUGGUGGUGGAAUGGGCGGUGGCCUUGGCAGCGGAAUGGGCGGUGGCCUUGGCAGCGGAAUCGGCGGUGGCCUUGGCAGCGGAAUCGGCGGCGGCCUGGGUGGUGGCAGUGGAAUCGGCGGGGGCCUUGGUGGCCUUGGCAGUGGUGGCCUUGGUGGCGGCUAUGGAGGAGUUAUCUCUGGAGGAGGCUCAGGAGGCUCGUGCUAUGGAGGAGGUGGAUACGGUUCUGGCGGCAGCUCCAGCACAAUCAUCAGGAGAACCACCACAUCCAGCUCAUCCAUCAAAGGCGGAAGGAAUUAAGGGUCCCUAAAAGGUCUCCAAAAGGCAAGAAACACCUUUCAG